CUACUGAUUCUGUAAGAUUGAAACUGAAAAAAAAAAAAAAAUUCUUGCUUCACAUUUACGACAUCCACUCAAAAUUAUUACCCGCGUUUUUUAAGUCAUUGCCUCUCUUCAUAAUUCCACUUGUGUCUUUCUUCUUCAUUUGUAAGUUAAUUUUCAUGGAAACCCCCAGUUCCACUACAGAAUAUUGAAGCAUUUUGGUCCAGUUCAGUUUUUGCUGUUAAAUCUUUCUGGCACAUGGCAGCUUAUGCUGCUUCAAUGUCUUCAUGAAUCCCUGAAGAUGACAUCCUGUUAAAGAACGCUGUUGAGGCAGGUGCUUCUCUGGAAGCACUUGCUAAAGGCGCAGUGAGAUUUUCCCGUUAAGUUUUCAGUAGCAGAAUUGGAAUAUCGGUGGCAUUCUCUUCUCUAUGACCCUGUUGUUGCAGUAGAAGCUGCUGCUCUUGUGGCAGAGUUUGAACUUUCUUCUGCUAAUAAUCAAGCCAAGACAUUUACUUCUGGUGCUGGGGACAAUUCAGGAGGUCCACCAAAGCGAAUAGCUGAGGAUGUUCGAAGACUGUAUCAUGCCAUGCGGAAAAGAACUUGUAUCCAAUCUUUGAACUCUCCUAAUCUUAGAUUUUUGGCUUCACCAAACGUAAGUGAUGAUAUUGGUGAUGGUACGGCUUUUCAAGAGCAUGUAAGCUUUCACUGUGAGACUCCAGUUGAAAGUUCCAUGGUUGGAGAUUGUGCCCAGAGCUGUCUUGAAUUACAAGAAAUGGACAUAGAUUGCUUGCAUCACAGACCACAAGAUAAUAAUUUCAUCAAAGACUCUUUAGGGCAUUCCAAUUAUGAGCAGGAAAAUGUGCAUGAAGACUCUGCACAUAUUCUGGGAGAGACAUUGACUGGCUUUGAAAAUUGCCCAGUUGUUGAGGGAAUGGGACCCUCAGAUGCAUUGCUAGAAAAUGAUGCUCCCUUUCAUGUAUUGGGAUAUUCAUCUCAACAGAGUAGGACACCUCUGUGGAAAACAAUGAAGUUUAUUCCAACGCCUGCAAUAUCAAUCAAUAAGAGCCAUGGAGGUCAAGGUCAGGGUUCAGUAGAGACAUAUAUACUACCAGAUGACAUGAAUGAGAAGAUAAUAAUUUCACCUACCAGCCCAGAUUUUGAUUUGUUGAAUCUUUCAGACUCUCUUUUAAACUUUGGGAACAAGGAGGAGGUUCAUUUCAUUGAUGUGGACAAGAAAAACUUAACCGAUAAGUGUUGUCAUGUUAACAUUGAUCCCAUAGUAUGGAAUUCUCCUAAUGAUAUCCAUAGAGAUGAUGUACCAGAUAUUAAAGAACCUCAUACAUGCCUUUCAAUGUCUGAUGAAACAAAUCUUUCAGAAUUGGAGAUUAUUGCUGUACAAUCAGGCAUUAGUCAUGGCAAUCAUUAUAAUAUCAUUUGUUCAGAAGUAAAUGUACCAUCAUCUAUGUCAAUACCCAAUCCUCCGUAUCAUGAACUGCUGGAUGGGGAGAUAAUCUGCACAUUGAACAGUGAGGACAAAGAAAUUCCUUGCAAUGAUGAUUUCAUGCCGAAAGUAGUUGCUUCUAUGGCUCCUCAAACAAGUUAUAACAGGGCAAGUGAACUGGCUUCCUCCUUUGAUGCUGGUAAGGAUAGUGAACAAAAACUUCGGAGAAUGAAGAAAGACAAUAGUUCCAUACAAUAUUUUACUGUUUCCAGCACAAGAGUAUCUGACAUGUUUCCAGGAUCCAAGCACAAUGCCCAAUUUCGUGGUACAGGAGUCAGAUCCAAGUCUGGUGAUGUCAACAGUCUUAAUCGUAUCUUCAGACAGGCUAACAAUGCCCAUGGAGAUUUUACCCAAUGCCGAUCAGCAGUUGUAGUCCAAACAUCUCUUUCCCAUGCAAGACUGAAGGAAAAGUCGCUGCAUACAAGAUCUGCUUCAGAUAAGCUGUUACAUGCAAAAUCUAGUUCAAUGAGAAACAAUAUUCCUGAACCAGAAGCAACCCCCUCAACCUUAGAUUCAGAAGCCAUGCUGGAGGAGGAGGAAUAUGAGAGUGAUGAUCACCUUCUCCACUUUUCUGAUAUUGAAUCAAUGUCACUGGAUUGGGAUUUGUGUCCAGAAGAUCUUGAUACAUCUUUUAGUACAGAAGUGUCAAGGUAUCAACAUGAUGAUACUGCGAGGGCAAUCAUUAGAUUAAAGCAAUGUGCUCAAUCUUGUAUGUGAAGAGCAAUCAAAUACCAAGGGGCAUUUGCCCUCUUGUGUGGACGCCAUUAGAAGCAGUAUAUUAAGGACACGGAGGUCAUACUUGGCAGGGCAACAGAUGGAGUUGAUAUUGAUAUUGACUCGGGAAGAGAAGGACGUGCCAAUAAAAACGACAGCUUGUAGAUCUUUUAAUUUGAUUAUGUGCCAAAUUCAUUUUUCAUUGGUUGCAAAGACUUUAGCGAUACAAAUAUUGAUUGGUACUUUGAGAAACUUUGCAGUUUUUAAAUAUUUGAAGGACAUCAUGGUACAUGGAUAUGGCUCUAUUUUGGAAGAGGCUACUAUAUUCUCUGAUAUACAUAUUUCAACAUAUUUUGGGGACAAAAUGCUGCUGACAUUAGUGGUUUCUAAAAAGUUGUUUUAGCUUGGUGAAUAUUCUAUGUUCUUUGCAUUUGUUCAACAGUAUAACUAGUGUGAAUCUAUUUCUGCUAGGCACUGAUAAAGAUGGCAGAAGAUGGCUCAUUCAUUUUGAGAAAUCUUGGUAGGAGUUCUAUAUUUUUGAAGGGCAAAGAAAUUACAACUGGCCAGGGUCUCGGUCUAAGUCCAAGUACUUUGAUUCAGAUCAGGGAAUUGUCAUUCAUGUUUGAAAAAAUCAAGAAAAUGUGUGGCGCUAUGUGGCUAACGUCACGAGAAGAAACCCAGAAAAGAAUGCCACUUACUAAUGGUCUAAAGAUGGGGUUCCACGAUUUGUGAAAGCCAGGAUCAGUGGUUCAAUCAAUCUCGCGCUAGUGGUCUCUCUAAAAUACUAAUAGGAUUGCUAGAACUAACAGAUAUGGCAGGGGGCAUCUGUGCGUGGUUCAACUAACGUAUUGAAUUGUAUUAAGGCAGUCGAUGCUAUAAUACCAAAGAACGAAUGUAAAGGUAUAUUGUAUAUAGUCUGACGCUUUAAAACGGCUCCCCUUCAAAAUUUAUACAUAAAAGAAUAGCGAUUGCAUUAGAUCUCAA